AUGGAGACCAGAAUAUUGAGAGUCCCGGACGACCAGUCCUUUGGAAAUUUUGAGACGGGAUCAGGCUUGGAGCGCUGGAACGUCAACGCGGACAACGUCGAGGCAACUCGGAUCCUAAGGGAAGCCGGUGAUUACUUGCGCACCAAAGAUACCCCCGUGGCGUUCCCUACAGAGACAGUCUACGGGCUGGGCGCUGAUGCCACGAGGUCCGCCUCCGUCAGGGGAAUCUACACGGCAAAGAACAGACCCUCCGACAACCCUCUUAUCAGCCAUGUCUGUGAUCUGGAGAUGCUGCGAGACCUGCUAGGCGGCAAGGACGGUUCUGGUUCUGGCUCAGCAGAGAGGACCGACGACGUGAUACCCUGGAGGUAUAAAUCACUUAUCGAGCGUUUCUGGCCCGGUCCUCUGACCAUCCUGCUGCCCAACCCGUCGCAGCCGAAACUGGCUCCCGAGGUCACGGCGGGCCUGUCGACUUUCGGCGUGAGGAUGCCGUCGUCGACUCUUGCGCUCUCGCUCAUCAAGCUGUCCGGCGUUCCCUUGGCGGCCCCCUCGGCCAAUGCGUCGACCAAGCCCUCGCCCACCACCGCACAGCACGUCAAGCACGAUCUCGACGGGAGGAUCGAGCUUAUUCUCGACGGUGGGGCGUGCCAGGUCGGCGUCGAGAGCACAGUUGUGGACGGCCUCUCUGACCCGCCUGCGGUGCUGCGACCUGGCGGUUUGAGCAUGGAUGAGCUGAGGAGCUGUCCCGGCUGGGAGAACGUGGUCAAGGGGUACAAGGAUCACAGCGAGAAUGGCCAGGCACCUAGGGCGCCCGGGAUGAAGUAUAAGCACUAUAGCCCCAAGGCCACGGUUGUGUUGUACGAAGCGUCGUAUCAAUCUCAGGGAGAAGGUAUCAGCUUGGAUGACAUUGAGGCUGGAUAUACAGCUCAGAGUCAGGGAUCCAACGGCAAGUCACAACCGAUAGUCGGAGUCGUGCGCACCCAGCGUUGGAAGCAAGCGGCCGGACUCAAGACCAGCGAGCUCCGCCUUGCCAGGGCGGGGGAGAACAAGCAGAAUGGGGAUAAGAAACAGGCAGACACAUCAUACAGUGUCUUGGAAGGGGCCCUGACUAAUAGCGACGGGGAGACUGUUGGGGUCGUCCUUGACAUUGAUCUCGGGAAGGAAACCCGGGGGAUUGCCCAGGGGCUGUUCUCAGCUUUGAGGGAGCUGGACCUUUUGGGCGCAGACAUCAUCUUCGUAGAAGGUAUAGAGGACAAAAGUGACAUCGCCGAGGCGGUCAUGAACCGGCUGCGCAAGGCAGCAUCGGACAUUAGAGCAUGA